GUGGUUGUUUCCCCCUGAGACAGACAGACGCUGGUCUCCAGACUCUACAGAACACAGUUGUCUUCCCUCCACGGAUCAAGCCCUAUCUGACUGAGAGACAUGUCCUCCUCCUCUCUCCUGUGGUGCCUGCUGGUGGUGUGUGUUCUGACUGUGGUCCAGAUCUAUGCAGCAGAGGAACCUAAAGUCCUCAAGGUGUUCAACCUCCAUGCCACUGACCUGCACAGCAGCCUGCUAGGGACCCCUGAUGCCUACGUCGAGGUGUUCAGAGCUUACGGCUUUCUCGGGAGGACAGAGGUGAAGAACAACAACCGUAACCCCAGCUGGGAGGAGGAGUUCAGCUUCCUCAACGCCCGUGAGAACAACAUCUUGAGGUUGGAGGUGUACGACAGCGACAUCAACUCCGACGACCUGCUGGGGACCUGCGAGCGCUCCAUCAAGAUCGGAACUUGGCAACAUCAAUGUUUCCUAAAGACAGGCGGGAUCCUGAACUACUCCUACACCCUAGAGCCUCUACAGUAGACCCUGUACUACUCCUACACCCUAGAGCCUCUACAGUAGACCCUGUACUACUCCUACACCCUAGAGCCUCUACAGUAGACCCUGUACUACUCCUACACCCUGGAACUUCUACAGUAGACCCUGUACUACUCCUACACCCUAGAUCCCCUACAGUAGACCCUGUACUACUCCUACACCCUAGAUCCUCUACAGUAGACCCUGUACUACUCCUACACCCUGGAGCCCCUAGCCUAGAGUAGAGCCCCUCCAUCAACUACUGUAAGCCAACAAUACUCAGCUAGAGUAGCUAGACCUCCUCCUCCAUUGUCUGACCCCUCAUCUGUUACAUGGCUUUCUCAUUCCAAAUCAAAUCAAAUCAAACCUUAUUGAAGCCAGCAGCCGCCAUAUUGGUUCUCCUCAUAAAGAGCAGUCCUCCAUAGGAUGUCACGGACAAAAUUACAUGUAUUUCAGUCUUUCAUUGUUGUAGUGGGGACAGUAACAUUGGUAUUCUCUAAAAAGUAGACUUUUUUAUACUUUAAAAGUAUGCAUUAAGGCAUUUAUCAUAGAAUAUAUUUGGCAAAAACAAAUGUUGACAAUAAUAAAUCCAUUUCUAUAUAUUCCCAAAUAGUUUUUACAAUGGUGUAGGAGUUGAAUGGUGAAGGAGUUGAAUGGUGAAUGAGUUCAAUGGUGAAGGAGUUGAAUGGUGAAUGAGUUCAAUGGUGAAGGAGUUGAAUGGUGAAUGAGUUCAAUGGUGAAGGAGUUGAAUGGUGAAUGAGUUCAAUGGUGAAGGAGUUGAAUGGUGAAUGAGUUCAAUGGUGAAGGAGUUCAAUGGCUGCGCACUGACUUCCAAACAGUGGCCAAUAUUAGUCAUCUAGGGUUUUAUACACAUUAUUGAUUCCUUACACCCUCAACUAGAGUGGACGCCUGCUCUCACCAACAACAACAUCCGGCCCCCAUCUAACCCCUCUCCUCUGGAUUCUGGAUUUCUCGUUCUCCUAAAACUGAGCUGAAAAACAGUCCUCCCCCUGACCUCAUCCUCAGGCUCAUCAUAACAGACUAGAUUCUAGAACAUUGAGCAGUACAAAACUCCACCUCCCCCCUACAGAUAGUGUAUUGUAAUUAGUGUCUACACAUUUACCUUAUAACUGCAGUAGUGAAUGAGUUAACCUCUGUCACUCACUGGUGUCUGGACUGCUGUCACUGUGUCUGGACUGCUGUCACUGUGUCUGGACUGCUGUCACUGUGUCUGGACUGCUGUCACUGUGUCUGGCCUGCUCUGGUCCGCACUUUAGUAUGACAUCAAUGAAUACAAAUCUUGUUUCCCUGCACAAUGGUCUCAGUCUGGCUCUCUCUAGUUCUUCACUGAAAUACUAAAUUACCAUAUUCAUGUUAUAGAAAUAACAGCUAGCCUACAAUUUGACAAUGAGGCUUACAUCUUUUCAAUCAUAGUUUAUUACCAUGUUUAGUGUGGAGACCGGACUUUGGCCACAAAUUGUCAAUAAAACUGUAGAAUUAUGAUUUCAACAAGGUAAUUGCUGGAGAAAAUGGAAGGUCUAUGAGAAAAAUAAUACAAUUCCUAGAGAGAGAAGUUAAGAAAACCUUUUAAGCCAAAUGUGUUUGUUUACGGUCAUAGUGUCUAAUUAGCAGCAUCUUCAUGAUUGAACAUUGGUUCUCUUUCACAACAGGUAAAAAUGUAAACAAUCAAAUAAUAUAGCAUUUCCCUUGCAAAGAACGUUGUUGUUUUGGGGGAUUGUGAUUAAGUAAGACAGUAGUAUUCAGCUAGUUUUGGUAUACCCGACCAGAUGUACAGAUAGCUAAACUGGAUUCUUCUUGUGCUGUAAGGAAACAUGUUUUAAAUGAAACAAUGUUGGAACGAGGCGUACCAAACACAUUUCAGGCCAGCUUGAACAAACACAGGUGUGGAAAAACGUGUUGCCGUGGGAAUGCGUCAUGAUGACACAUGAUAAGUCACUCAGCUAUUAGUCCCUGUGUGUGUUCCAAAUGACACCCUAUUCUCUAUGUAGUGCACUACCCACUCUAUGGGCCCUGGUCAAAAGUAGUGCACAAUAUAGGGAAUAGGGUGCCAUUUGGGAUGAAGGCCUUAUAAAGAACUAGUAACCUCCCCUUUAUGGACACAUUGGGCUGGCUGUGUCUGAAAAUAUUACUAGCUGUCAAAUCCUUGCUUCCUCCCUGCUUGUUUCCUCAAUUCCUCUUAAAGAUCAUUGGAGGAGAAGGUCCAUGGGAGGGACAAUGGAUCCUCUCCUCCAAUGAGCUUUAAGAGAGAGGUUACUGGUUGGUUACUGGGAGUCUGGGAUUAACAGGUGAGUAAUAAUGAUGAGAAUUCUGCCAAGCUAAAGAUGAUAAACACCUCAUUGUCAAAUUGUAGGCUAGCUGUUAUUUCAACAACAACAAAAAAUAUGGUAGAAAAUAAAUGUAUUAUGAAGACUGAAGUAUAUCAUGAGUAAGUAUAUCAUUUGUAUCUAUUAUUUGUUAUUUGCAAACUUUUCUGUGAAAGGCAGUAGCAUGUAUUCAUGGAUGCCAGGGGAAGCCAAGCUUCCCCAAAAAUCAUUUUUAUUUAAUCUCUCUGUCUUCUCAUAAUUUUCCUUCAAUUCGCAAGAGGCUGAAUGUACACUACCGUUCAAAAGUUUGGGGUAGCUAAGAAAUUCCAUUGCAAUACCGUUACAAUACAUGAUGAUGUAAU